AUGACAGACAAGCUCCCCCCCAACCUGCUCGCGCUGUUUGCGGCGCGACCACCCCUGCGAUGGGUUGAAGCUCCCGAUUAUGCGCCCCAGAACCGCAAGACAGCACCCAUCAGCGGCGUCGCCCAAUUCCUCCCAGAGCUUCAGAAAUACAAGGAGACCGACGUAUACCACCCUACCGAGAGUUGGCUGCAACGUCGCGAUCGCAAGAAGCGGGAGAAGAAGGAGAAAUUGGAGAGCCUCGUCACAGAGGCGCCCGAGCAUUACCGGCCUGAUAAGGAUACCAACAUCCGUGGCGAUGCCUUCAAGACUCUGAUUGUUGCGCGUUUGAGCUAUGAAGCCGACGAGAAGGACUUGGAAAAGGAGUUUGGUCGCUAUGGCCCCAUUGAGCGCAUUCGCAUUGUCACCGAUACUCAUGCCGACGAGAAACCGAACAAGAAGAAGAAGCCCCACCGAGGCUAUGCUUUCGUUGUUUUCGAACGCGAAAAGGAUAUGCGAGCGGCUUUGGAUUCUUGUGAUGGCAUGCGCAUCAAGGACCGACGUAUCAAGGUAGACGUUGAACGAGGCCGAACCGUUAAGGGUUGGCGACCACGACGUCUCGGUGGUGGUCUCGGCGGCCGAGGUUACACUCGAGCUAUGGCCUCACGUCCCAUGGGCCCCGGUGGCUUUGGCGGCCCCGGAGGAGGCGGUUACCGUGGCGGACCCAGAGGUUUCGAUGGUGGACGCGGACGUGGUGGCCACCGAGGAGGGUUUGGCGGUCGUGGAGGAGGUUUCCGAAGCGGCGGCGAUUUCAGUCGCGGUAGUGACCGCGGUGGUGACCGAGGCGGAUACGGAGCUCCUAGCGAUGCUCCCUCCGGACCCGGCUUCGACCGUAGGAACGGAGGUCAUGGUGACCGUGACCGAGGUGACCGAAGGGGCGACCGAGGCCCUGGUGGGUAUGAUUCUCGAGGUGGUCGCUCAUUUGACGACAGACAAGGCGGCGGCCAUCGUGACGGUGGCCGACACGGCGGAGAUCGCGAGAACCGACGUACCGGAAGCAACAACGAACCUAUUGGCCGACGAGAAGGUGGGUAUCGCGAGAGGGACCGUGACUUCGACAGACCUCGCGAUGACGACGGUGGCCGUAAGCGCGGUUAUGAUGGUGGCUACGAAGAUCCCAGAAAGCUGCGACGUUACUGA